AUGGCGAUCAACGUGGCGUACACGUACCUCACCGGCGAGGACGCGACGCAAACCUUGCUCUCUGUCCUCUCUCCGAUCCUGGUGACGAUUGGCUAUGUGGGGGUGCGGUCGCGGUCGCAGAUCACCAUCAUGGUCUGGCUCUGCAUCCAGUCGUGCACACUCUGCUGUUCCAUCAUGGCGCUUGUCGCGCUGCUGGCAGCCAUUGUCUCGUACGCGUCACCUGUCGACUCGGGCUCCAACUCUCAGGACCUGACGCCAACCCACGACAAGUCGCCAGACGAGCGGACUGACGCUGCGCUCGGCGUGGCCGAGAUUUUUAUUGCAAUUGCUUCGUUCCUCCUGCAGUCGAUGGCGUGCAUGAUGGGCCUGCGCCUCAACGGGCUGCUCUCCGCGCCGGCUACCGGCACACUGACGCAAGCCACACUGACCAUCAACUGGCCAGCGUUCGCCGGCGGCAUGGCGGCGGCCUCUGGCGGCCGCCACCUCUCGCGGUACAUGACGGCGAACGCCGACAACGACGCCGACGACGCCGCGGGCGUCACGCCGGAAUGUGCUCCCCUGCUGGCGCUUCCGCCUCCCGCGCCCAUCACAGUCUACGGCCCGGGCUCCCAGCUCCUUGGCCUCGCCGACGCGACUUGGCAGCAGGCCGCCGACCCGCUGCUCAUUCCUGACUCACGCAUGGGCGAGUACUUUGCGGCCAAGAGCGCAAGCCACGCACCGGCCACUCCUGACGUCGCAGCUGCCAGCAACGACACCGGCCUGGUGCCAGCUCUGGAGAGCGAGCCUUUCGGCGACGAUGAUGAUGAUCUGGUGGCGAACACCUCUCGCUUUGAUCAGAUUUGA